AUGACAAGCUGGAGUCCAACCCCAUCCCAUCCCAUUUUCUCUGGUUCUGAUCAAUGAAGAGAGAGAGAGCGAGAGAACACUGUCGGUGCGUGUCCGUGUAUUCUGUCAGUACAGGGUUACCUCACACAUGCACUCUGAAGACACAGCAGGGAGAAGAGGCGCUGAAUCCAUUGUUUUCUUUCCGAGAGAGAGCUCCGCAGACCUGAAAACACCAGGAUUCCUACCGUGGUGGAAUGCCUGUGACCCUAGUAUUUCCUGGAUUUCUUUUAACAUUCUAGUGUUUCCUCGACGCAUUUCUCAAUCCUUGGUUUUUCUGGAAUGAGCUGUUUUCCUGCCUGCGUCGUUUCCAUGCCAGCAUGGGAACUGUCGUGUCUAAAAGGAAGAAUUUAAGAAACGAUGCGAUAUCUUCGGUGGCAGCAAAAGUUAGAGCAGCGCGAGCAUUUGGAGAGUACCUGUCCCACACACACCCUGAGAACCGAAACGGAUCAGCAGCCCAUCUCCUGUCUGACACAUUUGUGGGCCCAGACUCUGACUCCCCUGGUGGUGUCCGUCACCACAGCAACAACCAUCCAUACCCCCACAGGGGUUCUCCAGCCCCCCCUGAGUCCAGCCUGUUGAAACCUCCGCUGGGCCACCUCCAGCCCCCGCCUCCCUCCAUCACCACCACCAAGGCCCGUCUGUCUCUGGAGCGCAGCUUCUCGGCCGAAGAGGACCAGCAGAAGUGUGUGGAGUGCGCCCUGCAGCCUGCCCGCGUCUACACCAUCACCGGAGAGCACGGUAUGCUGGGUAGCAACCGGGGCAGCAAGGAGAGCCUGGAGCUGGAAGUGCUGAAGGGGGCGUCGACCCUGGUCCAGCCCUCCACCUCCCCCUCCUCCACCUCCUCCUCCCCCACCCAGCACCACCUUCGCCACGGUCACCGUAGCAACACUCAUCGCGAUGAUGGGAGCCAUCGUCAUGGCAACCCCGUUGCCAGCGGCAGCAACCACCACACUCUGACUGUUACCGGCGGGGGCGCCACCCACCAUGGUCACCAUGGCAGCCACCACCACCUGUCCCAGCAGCCCCUGUCAAGCUCGGUCAGCGCCCACAACAUCCGCAGCUGGGGUGAGGGGGGAAAGGGUGGCUCGCGGGAGGACUGCAGCCUCAACAUGGCCUUGGACUCUAGUGGGGCUCCGUCCCGUAGCCAGGGCUCCCUGGAUCUAGAGAGCUCCCGCGAGGCAGGCAAGCAACACAGAUGCCUUGAGAGGAUGUGGAGUGUGGACCGGAUGACUGGGCUGGAGAGAGAGGACAACAGCUGGGACCCAAAAGAAAACAUGUUCAGCUUUCAGACUGCUACUACCACCAUGCAGGCGAUAUCGGCUUUCCGGGGAUUUGUGCAGAGAAAGAGGAGAGAGAGGGAGCUGGAUUCGGCUGAAGUCAUCCAGAGGAACUUCCGGAAGCAUCUUAGAAUGGUGGGCAGUAGGAGAAUGAAGGCACAGACAUUUGCCGAGCGUAGAGCGAAGAGUUUCAACCGCUCCUGGAGUGAUCCCACCCCUGUCAAGAAUGACUCUUCACAUGACCCCAGAGACAGUGGGGACCUGCCGGCCUCGUGUGGGACUCUGGAUGAGGGGGAGCGUGAGGACCUAGACUGGGAGGAAGAGAGGGAGAUGGAGAGACUGGCCUGUGAGGGAGACGACUUCAUCCCACCCAAAAUCAUGCUGAUCUCCUCCAAAGUCCCCAAGGCAGAGUACGUUCCCACCAUCAUCCGCAGGGAUGACCCCUCAAUCAUACCCAUCCUCUAUGACCAUGAACAUGCUACGUUUGAUGAUAUCCUCGAGGAGAUUGACAAGAAGCUAACAGCCUACAGGAGAGGCAGCAAAAUCUGGAGGAUGCUCAUCUUCUGUCAGGGAGGUCCAGGGCAUCUGUACCUGUUGAAGAAUAAAGUGGCCACAUUUGCCAAGGUGGAGAAAGAGGAGGACAUGAGCCAGUUCUGGAGGAGGCUGAGUCGGUUUAUGAGCAAAGUGAACCCUGAACCCAACCUCAUCCACAUUAUGGGCUGCUACGUCCUCGGAAACCCCAAUGGAGAGAAGCUGUUCCAGAAGCUGAAGAACCUGAUGAGGCCUUACUCCAUCGAAUUUGAGUCACCACUGGAGCUGUCCGCGCAGGGAAAAGAGAUUAUUGAGAUGUACUUUGACUUCCGUCUCUUCCGUCUGUGGAAAACCCGCCAGCACUCCAAACUCCUGGACUACGAGGAUCUUUUGUGACGGGGCUCCAAGUGAAGUCAGCCCUGUAGCAUACAUACAGUCUAUACUGGGGCAGAAGGACCCACUGAACACCACUGCUCAACUCAACUCAACCCUAAUGCUCAAUCCCACUGUAACACCCAUCAUACCUGCUUUCAUCCAGGAGAGGACUGGGAGAGGGGGGUGGAGAAGAAGAGGAGGUAGAGGAGGAGAGGGACAGGAGUGAUAGAGA